GCACAUUCACAACCUCGCCGGAAGCAAGGAACUCAUUAUUAUAUUACCCCUGGAUUGAUGGAUUGAUUGAUUGAAUGAUUCGAUGAUGCACUUACUCGGAUCGAGGCAAUUCGAUCAGACGACGUUGCAGAUGUGGAACGUUGUUGCAUAAUCGUGUUUGGAGAUGCUGGAUUACGAUGCGGAUGCAGCAAGGUGUUUGCGAAAGAUGGAGCGGAGGGAUCACGACGGUGCUGGAACAAUUGGAGAGUAGGAAUUUGGAAAGAUGGAGGGAAGGCAUGCAGGGCAGGUGGAAGGCUUAGCAGGUGGAGGUAAACGUAGUUGUUAUGGUUGUGGUGGAGGAUUCGGACAGGAUGCGGAGCUUGUGAUUAGGUGCGGGGAGCCACGAUUGAAUUGUACGAGGAAACAGGAGCAGGAGCAGGAGCAGAAGAAGGAUCACCCUAUUUUCCAUUCUUGUGACAUCGUUGAGAAACGGCAUCAUGUGGUUCUGGCGCCCUCGAGAGCGCUUUUCAAUGUCGGAGCUUACGUGAGUUGGAGAGAUUGAGUGAGGAUUGAUAUCUCAACGAGCAACUUCAAAAUACAACUUUGAUCACAGAAUCUAGUAAGGUGGGAGCGAAGAAUUUUGAAACUACCUCGUUGAGACGAUCAGAUCGAUGGCCGAACUUUUAAUCUGGGGAGAUCAGCACGAUCCUGCGUUCUUUGAUUUUUUUAUGGAGAAGCAGGUAAUGGCCACUUUUGUUCGCAUCCUGAAGAGCAGUAGCAAGACAACCACCGUUGCCGUGCAACUAUUACAAACGCUGAGCAUCAUGAUUCAGAACAUACGAAGUGAACAUGCCAUUUAUUAUCUAUUCAGCAAUGAAUACAUCAAUUACCUUAUUACGUUCCCUUUUAAUUUCCAAAACGAAGAGCUUCUGGCUUAUUAUAUCAUCUUUUUGAGGACUAUCAGCAUGAAAUUGGACCGCAACACAGUUUCAUUCUUUAUCAAGACAAACAAUGAAGAAGUGGUCUCCUUUCCCUUGUACACCGAAGCCAUUAAGUUCUUUCACCAUGAGGAGGGUAUGGUUCGCAUUGCUGUUCGAACUAUUACUCUAAGUGUAUAUCGUGUGGACGAUGAAAGCAUCCGAACGUUCGUGACAAACCCGCCAAUUGUGGACUAUUUCAGUGACCUUAUUGUUUUCCUAAGGAAGCAAUCACAUGCCCUGGAUGGCCUGGUUACUGAGGUUUCGAAAUAUCCAGACUCUGGACAAUUGCGUGGAAGAUUAGAAGGAGCUAUAGCUGAAAUUGGCGAUCUCCUUUAUUAUUGCAAUGACAUCAUAAAUUCUAAUGUACCCGCUUUAAAGUCAAUCAUGACAAAGAACAUCAUGAACAGCUUGGUUUUGCCUUUGUUGCUGCCUUCUUUACGUCCGGUCGAUGAAUGUGCCACCACACCAUCGGACGAACGUGUCAGCACUUUGACAUCGCUUUAUUUUCUGUUGCGACUGUUACAUAUUGUGCACCACAAAGCUUUAGUCAACAGCAUUGGGGCGUCACUAUUGAGGACGGACCAAGCAGUCGCUCUUGAUCACGAGCAGCUUCAAAAUUCUGAAUGCUUUCCGCAUCAGCUCAGUGAAGCUGAAACUUUAGGUGAUGAAGCAAGUGAAUCAGGAGCAGGGACUGCUAAUUCUUUUGAAGUGUCAAGUUCUUCACGAGCAUUAGAUGGCCGGACCAUGUUGCUAUCAUAUCUCCUCAGCAAUGACGAUAAAUUGGUGAUGGCUUCUUUGUGCUUAUCGGUGUCUUUUCUGCACAACGAAGCUUUGGAUGAAUCACUGCUAGACGCACUUGGGAUUCUUCCUCGUCGAAAACGUCACAAAAAGCUUCUUUUGCAACAAUUGAUUGGCGGCAAAUCCGACAAGGAAGUGGACCGACUCUUCUCACCAUCAUUGGAUCGGCCUCGUGAUGACUUUAUGAGUGAUAACUGGGAAAACCAUCUCGGGGACGAUUUGCUGUCGGGGUCCACCACACUGAAACAUCGUAGUCAGAUGCUUGAAGCAUUGUUAAAAUUGAUGUGUCGGAGACCUCCCCCCUAUUCAGAGGUGCUAUGGCAAGCAGGGUGGCUGCUGCGCCAGCUUUUGCCAUAUCAUGAGCACAAAAUCAGUGAUACUCACAUGUCGCUGCUUAAUGACGUAUAUACAGCUGCUCAGCAAGAGCUCUCUGUUGAAUUGACUGAUUGCUGGGCAGAUAUCAUCCCAGCAGUGAUUGCAGAAGAGUGGAAAUUCUGCCGUAAAGCACUGGACACACCUUUUCUCCAGAAGGACGCUUCUUUUGUGUUGAUGCCAAGCACUCAAAUUAACACUGAGGAAAAUCUACCAGUGACUUCCUCGAUUCUUGUUGGGGAAAGAAUGCUGGCAUCUGUCAAGACUUUGAUGGUUCUUUAUCAAAUUCGCAUCCUUCUUGUGGGGAGCACCUUGACAGAGACGCCUCCUCUAGUUGAGUUGCCUGAAGACAUGAGGGGUCAACAUCCAAUUCCAUCAACAAAAAUCGGCACAGAAUUGGACAUUUCGGAUGAUGCUAUGCUAUGUAGGGUCUCAUUUGAAAGAGGGAAAGAGCGGUGUGUUCAUCUCGUGGUGGUGUUGAGAGGAACAACAGGAUCGUUAUUGUUAAUUGAGGACAAUUCCAGCGAUCAGCGCCGUGGACUGAUUCGUGGCACUGCACCUUUAGCUGGAUCAGAUCCUAGAAUCGAUGAGAAGCAUGCAACUUGGCUACAUUUACGGAUACGAUCGCCUCACCAGCCUCUGGCAGAUGUCGGGAAACGAGGUCUUCCCAAAACAAGUCCAAGGAAUAAAAAUCUUGUGGAUGGGCGAUGGGUUCUUGCUUUUGAAGAUGCAGAAGCGUGCAAACAUGCCUGUCUCUUCAUCCAGAACAAGCUGGCUAAUUUGCGGGAUGCUGUUAGUCUUAUUGUAUCAGCUUUUUUAACCAAGGAUUCUCUGCAGCAGUAGUGAUGGAACCUUUUAUGACAAAGUACCCAGGCACCAAAAUGGUAGUAGAUACACUUUUAGGCGCUACUCUUCCAUCAUUUUGUUUUUUUUUGUUUUUUUGUUUGUUUUGUUUUGUUUUGUUUUUUUUCGUCUUGCAGCUUAAUGGUUUUCGCCUGGUAGGUGUUCAUGCUUACCAUUGUGAUGGUAGUGUAAAUGGCUAGUCUUCCAGUAAGUAUAUCUUGCUUGUGUAAUCUUCGCCAUGUUAAUAACCGUAGGUGUGGGACAAUUUUAAAGUAA